UUGCAAAUAUUGGGAUGUCGAAAUUGACAGCUCUUGUGGUCUACGCUUCAGACCAGACUCACUCCACGUUUUCCAAGGCUUGCAAACUAGCUGGAUUAAAUCCCUCCAAUAUUAGACUCUUGCCGACGUCACUCGACACUGCAUUUUCUCUAUCUCCAUCCACUCUUCGCAAAGCUAUACAAGAUGACGUGGCAUCUGGGUUGGUCCCACUUUACCUAUGUGUAACUGUGGGGACGACUUCGACCACAGCUAUCGAUCCAGUAGGCCAGCUUGCUGACGUGGCAAAUGAGUAUGACAUGUGGAUACACAUUGAUGCUGCGUAUGGUGGAAGUGCAUGCAUAUGUCCAGAGUUUAGGGGCUACCUAGAUGGGGUUGAACGAGUCGACUCACUGAGCUUGAGUCCACAUAAAUGGCUACUCAGUUAUUUGGAUUGUUGUUGCUUAUGGGUGAAAAGCCCCAACCUAUUGGUUCAAGCGUUGAGCACUAAUCCGGAGUACUUGAAAAACAAACAGAGCGAAUCAGAUUCGGUUGUGGAUUUCAAAGACUGGCAAGUGGGUACAGGUCGAAGAUUCAAGUCGCUCCGCUUAUGGCUAAUAUUACGCAGUUACGGUGUGAGUAAUCUUCAGGGUCAUAUCCGAUCCGAUGUCCAAAUGGCUAAAAUAUUUGAAGGGUUUGUAAAAUCCGAUCCGAGAUUCGAGAUAAUGACACCAAGAACAUUUGCAUUGGUCUGUUUCCGGUUGAAACCCACACACAAGUUGGACGGGUCGAAACACACCGAGAUGAUGAACGGUAAGUUGCUAGAGUGGGUGAACUCUUCGGGUCGGAUAUAUAUGACCCAUACAAAAGUGGGUGGUGAAUACUUACUAAGGUUUGCUGUGGGGACCACACUGACCGAGGAGCGCCAUGUGGUUUCCGCGUGGAAGCUGAUAAAAGAGGGAGCUGACGUAUUGCUGAAGAGUGCAUGAGAACUUCAUGCUACAAAUUAAAUUGAGACUUGUUUGUUCGUUUGAUUGCUUGCUUGCUCAUCAUUUAGUCUUUUUUUUUUUUUUUUUUUUUGUGCUGUUUGUUUUGGUGAUAUUUUUGAAGUGAUUUGUAAUAAAUGCAACAAAAUGCGUAUUCACAAUCAUUGCAACGUCACGUAAAUACCAGUGCUACGUAUUACCAGCCGUGACAUUAACAGAAAACGAGUGGGAUUAGAAUAGUGAGAAUCUUGACAGAUUACGAGAUGCAAGUUUUAAACGAAUAAAAAUAAUCUUGUAGUCUUCCUUUUUUUCUUUAAAUAUUUACAAUGAAAAAGAAAAGUUAGAGAAUCUAAAAUAAUUAAUGGGUUUGAAUCAUAUAAUUUAUUCCUAGCAAGAUGAAUUCAUUUUAGAAAAAAUUAUCUAGAUUUUAUAUGUGUUGUUUGUAUAUUAUGCCAAUUGACAUAUAUUUAUUAAUUUUAU